CCUACGCCCCCGCACCCCCAGAUGGCGUCCGCCACAGACUCGCGCUACGGGCAGAAGGAGUCCUCGGACCAGAACUUCGACUACAUGUUCAAGAUCCUCAUCAUCGGCAACAGCAGCGUGGGCAAGACGUCUUUCCUCUUCCGCUACGCGGACGACUCCUUCACCCCCGCCUUCGUCAGCACCGUGGGCAUCGACUUCAAGGUCAAGACCAUCUACCGCAACGACAAGAGGAUCAAGCUGCAGAUCUGGGACACAGCAGGGCAAGAGCGGUACCGGACCAUCACCACAGCCUACUACCGGGGCGCCAUGGGCUUCAUCCUCAUGUACGACAUCACCAACGAGGAGUCUUUCAAUGCUGUGCAGGACUGGUCAACCCAGAUCAAGACCUACUCGUGGGACAAUGCCCAGGUGCUGCUGGUGGGGAACAAGUGUGACAUGGAGGACGAGCGGGUGGUGUCAUCAGAACGCGGCCGGCAGCUGGCUGACCACCUGGGGUUCGAGUUCUUUGAGGCAAGUGCCAAGGACAACAUUAAUGUCAAGCAGACCUUUGAGCGCCUGGUGGACGUCAUCUGCGAGAAGAUGUCCGAGUCGUUGGACACGGCCGACCCCGCGGUCACCGGCACCAAGCAGGGCCCCCAGCUCACGGACCAGCAGGCGCCCCCACACCAGGACUGCGCCUGCUGAGACCUGCCCUGCGCCCCACCCUCCCGGGGUCUGACCCGGCCCCCACCGACGGCGGUGUGAGACCCCUGCCCCAGCGUGGCCCGUCACCUUAUUUAUUAUCGUAGCUAUUUAUUUAUUUAUUGGAGAUGUCCCCCAGGGGCUCGGGCGCCCCACCCACCCAUGCCCCACCCUGUACAUACACCCCUGUCCCCACUCUGCCAUGGCGUGUCGUGGCCCUGUGAACUCACCGCUCACUCUCCUCUCGAGACCCCAACUUUUUUUUAAUUCACCCCCAUCAACAGUUAUAGGUUUUGAAGAGGGGGGCAGAUGACACCCCAGGGCAGGCUGAUUGGGUGAUGGGAGGUGGCCAGGCCUGCCAGCCCCUUGGCUGUGACCCAGUAGGCAGAGGCCGCUGUGGGCAUCUCAUCGUGGACCACGGGUGGGUCAAAGCUAGGCAACCGCCUGCCUGGCUCCUGGACCCCAGUUUUACCUUUUUUUGGAGGGGGGUGCUGCUGUGUGGGUACUCACCACCCUGGGACCCCCCCCCACCAGACCUGUUCUGAUGUCAUGAGUGUCAAAUGUGACCCCCCACCCCCCCAGGAGAUGUCAUGACAACACUACACACCCCCAAUAAAGCGAAUGGACGACGC